AUGACUAAAAACGAACGUAAAAACACCACACUUGCCUGCGACUUUUGCAGGGAUAAAAAGAUUAGGUGUGAGGGAGGACCCAUAUGCACGAACUGUCAAAACCGAAAUUUAGGUUGUCACUUUAGCAAGCCCAGUAAAAAAAGGGGACCACCUAAAGGGAAAACUAAUCGUAAAUCGAUCAAAAGUAACAACGUCAACUCUUGUGGGAGUGGAAAUAGCAGCGAUAACCCUAACAAUGACAACAUCGACGGCUGUAUUGGAGCCCCCCUUCCCUAUGAAGGUAACGACAACCAUGACUUUGACAACGACCACAACGAAAACCAUAAAACCGACGACCAUUACGGCGGCAACACCGACGGCAACAUCAGCGGUCCCAUCAACCCAUACGACAGUAACAUCAAUGAUUCCAUCAACCCAUACGAUAGUAACAUCAACGAUCCCAUCAACCCAUACGACAGUAACAUCAGCGGUCCUAUCAACCCAUACGACAGUAACAUCAGCGGUCCGAUCAACCCAUACGACAGUAACAUCAGCGGUCCCAUCAACCCAUACGACAGUAACAUCAACGAUCCCAUCAACCCAUACGACAGUAAAAUCAGCGAUCCCAUCAACCUAUACGACAGUAACAUCAGCGGUCCCAUCAAUCCAUACGACAGUAACAUCAGCGGUCCCAUCAACCCAUACGACAGUAAUAUCAGCGAUCCCAUUAACCCAUACGACAGUAACAUCAGCAAUCCCAUCCCAUACGACAGUAACAUCAGCGAUCCCAUCAACCCAUACGACAGUAACAUCAGCGAUCCCAUCAACCUAUACGACAAUAACAUCAUCAAUCUCCACGAUGGCGACAUCAACACAGAAAAUCAAUAUUCCAACAUGACAAAAAGUCAAUAUCCCAACAUGACAGAAGAACAAUAUCUCAACAUGACAGAAAGUCAAUAUCUCAACAUGACAGAAAGUCAAUAUUUCAACAUGACAGAAAGUCACCUCAACGUAAAUACAAGUCAAUGCCUCAAAAUAGAAAACCAAUUUUCCAAUAUUAUAAAAAAUCAAUUUUCCAUAAAGUCGGAAAAUCGAUUUCUUAACAU